GUCUUUUCAAUUCAUUUAUCUGCAGGAAUGAUUGCGACUAUCAGUCUAGAGCUCACCGCCUGACUGAGGAGGUGAAAGUUGCGCCACAGGAAGAUAAACCGCAAAAGACAAUAUUGCAUGUAUACAUGAUUUUGCGUGUGCAUCGGAUGUGCAUCGGUAUAGGGGAAUUCCUCGCGUCUUAAAAAAAGUAAACAGAAAAUCGGUGGAUUUGAGAGUUUGCUCAGUCGAGUGAGGUCCAAGAGACAUAGAGAGGGGGAGGAAGAAUAUCUGCGUGCUUUUUUGAUUUCUGCUCUCAGUCGUCUCGGCGAGUCUAGACUGAAGAUGCUCUUGGACGCAGGACCGCAGUAUCCCACCAUAGGAGUCACUACUUUCGGCUCCUCGCGGCAUCACUCAACAGGCGAAGUCACAGAGAGAGAAGUGGCUUUGGGGAUAAAUCCGUUCGCCGAUGGGAUGGGCGCUUUCAAAAUAAACCACAGCUCCCACGAUAUUGGCUCCGGACAAACGGCGUUUUCCUCCCAGGCGCCCGGCUACGCAGCAGCCGCCCUGGGACACCAUCACCACCCGACCCACGUUGGCUCUUACUCCACGGCGGCUUUCAACUCCACCAGGGACUUUCUCUUCAGAAAUCGGGGAUUCGGGGACGCCACCGGGGCGCAACACAGUUUGUUCGCCUCCGGAAGUUUCGCAGGGCCACAUGGACACUCAGAUGCAGCGGGGCACCUGCUCUUCCCAGGGCUCCACGAGCAAGCCGCAAGCCAUGCUUCUUCUAACGUGGUCAACAGCCAGAUGCGGCUGGGCUUCUCGGGGGACAUGUACGGACGGGCCGACCAGUACGGCCACGUUUCAAGCCCACGGUCCGACCACUAUGCUUCGACCCAGCUGCACGGCUAUGGCCCCAUGAACAUGAAUAUGGCCGCACAUCACGGAGCAGGGGCCUUCUUUCGCUACAUGAGGCAGCCGAUCAAACAAGAGCUCAUCUGCAAGUGGAUCGAGCCGGAGCAGCUGACAAAUCCCAAAAAGUCGUGCAACAAAACUUUUAGCACGAUGCACGAGCUUGUGACCCAUCUGACUGUGGAGCAUGUGGGGGGACCAGAACAGACCAACCACAUCUGCUUCUGGGAGGAAUGCGCCAGAGAAGGAAAGCCAUUCAAAGCCAAAUACAAACUUGUAAAUCAUAUCAGAGUACACACCGGUGAAAAGCCCUUUCCGUGUCCGUUCCCCGGCUGUGGCAAAGUAUUUGCUCGUUCGGAAAAUCUAAAAAUUCACAAAAGGACUCACACCGGUGAGAAGCCUUUUAAGUGUGAGUUUGAAGGCUGCGACAGGCGAUUUGCAAACAGCAGUGACCGCAAGAAACACAUGCACGUCCACACGUCGGACAAGCCCUAUCUCUGCAAAAUGUGCGACAAGUCAUACACACAUCCCAGCUCCCUCCGAAAACACAUGAAGAAGGUCCACGAAUCCACCAAUCCAGCACCGCAGCCAUCUCCAGCGGCCAGUUCAGGCUACGAGUCGUCCACACCUCCCACUAUAGUAUCCCCGUCCACAGAGAACCAGAGCAGCAGCUCCAUAUCACCAGCAGCCUCAGCAGUACACCACACAACCAGCCACAGCACGCUGUCGUCAAAUUUCAAUGAAUGGUACGUGUAAAUAUUUUUGGGGAGAAAGAGACUGCAGAAUUAA